CUCGCGCACUGUCGGCGGUUUAUAGUUGCCAAAUACCGGUGAGUUUUAUAAUAUAGCCCUGUAACAUAACGGGCUGGGGCAGAGAUUUCUACAGGAUAGUUAAUGUCAAUUGCGGAAGACAUAGUACAGUGGCUCACCAGCUUUCUAAACUCAAAGCGUGAGAAACACCAGAUGGUGGUUGCUGUCGCAGAGAAAUGGAGCUGUCGUCGGAGCACAUCAAGACUGCUAAUGUUGAAGAUGUUACCCUGAGAAGACCUUUCCAUCCAGCGCUCAGAGGAACCCUGUGUGUGACCAGCCACCACCUUCUGUUCUCCGACAGAAAGGAUGAAGCUUCCUGGCAACUUCUCUUGCUCCUCAAGAACAUCGAUGCCAUUGAGAAAAGUGUCGAGAAUCUUUUUGGAUACCCAAGGGCUGUUGGACAAUCCUCCGGUACAAUCACCAUUAAAUGUAAGGACCUGCUUGUUCUUCAGCUGGAAAUUCCUGGAAUGGAGGAAUGUCUGAACAUUGCCAGUUCUAUAGAGG